AUGGCUUCAACAUACCGAACCGUCCUAGGAGCUCUGUUUUUUUCUGCUGUCAGUUUCCCGGCCGUGUAUCAGCCUGUCCUUACGCCUUUGUGGCAAUGGCUAAUACAGAAUCCUGUGUACCGCCUCUCGACCUUCGAGACUAUCUGGACCGUCUUUCUAUAUGCAGCGAUCGAAGUUUCUAUGACAGUUGUCUUCCUGCAAAACCCGCAAUGGAGGUUUGGCGUCCAGAAGGGCAAGAACGGGGAAGACGUAAAGAAGCCACACGGCAUGCGACGACCUUCGCGGCGAUGGGGUGAGGCCGUCACGUACAUGACGCCGUUGCUGCUGAUGGACCUGACCAUGAUCAAGAAGUUUGCCGAUGUGUCGCUCACGGCGAUGCUUGAGUCGGGCAACUAUCACGCCGCAGCCGCUGCAAUCGCUGCGAACAACUCCACCUCAACAUAUCGCAAUACCUUUCUGAUGCCGACCCUGCAUAAUAUGACGAUUUCUUCGCCGCUGCAAACACAACGUGCUCUACCAGACCUCCCUCCUUCAAGUCGACGAGUCGCCCUCGAGCUUGCCGCAAGCUUCUUCAUCUACGACGCCCUCUUCUUCCUCUUCCACCUCUCGCUACACGUCAUACCUGUAGUCAAGCGGUGGCACGCUCCACAUCAUCGACACGCCGAGAUACACCCCCAGAUCACGAAUCAGCUGCACAUUUUUGAGCGUCUGGGCUUGGUGCUGCUGGCCAACUUCAGCCUAAAUAUAAUCAAGAGUCAUGUCUUCACACGAACAUUAUUUGUGCCUAUAUUUGUCUGGCUGCUAGUCGAACUGCAUUCAGGACUCGAUCUGCCAUGGGGUUAUGAGAAGAUUCUACCCAAGGGUUGGGGCGGUGGUGCGCGGAAGCAUAGUCUUCAUCAUGCACGAGGCGGCGGAGGCUACGAGCCAUACUUUACCUGGUGGGAUAACCUUCUGGACCGAGUCGGACAUAGCCCAAAAGAACAUGUUGAAUGA